AGCUUCCCCUAUUCCUAACCCACGAGAAAAAACAUCUUUUUACCUAUCCCAAAAAAAAUAUAGAUUGCAAUUAUCUUUAACAACAUUGGAAAUAGGGCUACCUCAUACGUUUGUUAACAGCAAAAGCUGGAGAAGCCUUUUGUGAAAGCACUUUGAGCUGAAUUUUGACAAGCAAGAAUCCUUCAUCAAGGAAAGAGUAUACUAAUCCACUUGCAUUUUAAUAAAACAACAGUAAAAAUAUAAAAAAGUAUAGAUACCUUAGAUGAUGGUGGGAGGUGAUCAUAACUUACCUUCGAAAGACAGUUUAACAAAUGAUUCACUGAAUGAUUCGGACCAAUUUGAAGACUCAAAGGAUUUUGAGGACUUUCCUCCAAGAACUGAUGAUGAGUCACAUUUGGUUCAAGAAAUGUCAGCUGUAGGUCAGCCAUCUGCUAAUGGGUACCUCCAACAAGAGAAUUACGUUACAGAUUAUCCAAGGAAUUCUGACACUUAUAAUUCGUAUCCUGAUGCCUACUAUGAAAAAUCCGAGUCACAAGAAAUGGACGAGCUCUUUUAUCAGACCGACGACGGACUUGUGUUUUCAUCCACAAAACCGGAAAGAAACACCCGAAACUUCGAAAACAGGUACCAGGAUAUUCCAGAGUAUGCGCAUGAACCAACUGGUUAUACUCCUGAGAUCUUGAGCGAUUAUGCUGGACUCAUGGAGAACCCAGGUGUGUAUCCCAGAGUCAUUCCUGGAGAAAAAGGGGACGAAGAGAUAUACUCAGCAAGGUUUUCGUAUCUAGAUGCGAAAAAUCCUUAUCCUGCUUGGAUCCCAGACAACAUGAUUCCUCUAAGCAAAGAAGAAAUCCUUACGAUAUUUGAGGAGCUCCAGGAAAACUUCGGCUUUCAGAAAAGCUCCAUGUUAAAUAUGUACGAUUUCUUUAUGGUUUUGCUUGACUCCAGGGCUUCUCGUAUGGAUGGAACCAACGCAGUGCGAUCUCUCCAUGCCGACUAUAUCGGUGGUAGAAACGCUAAUUAUAGAAAAUGGUAUUUCUCUUCAAACAUGGAUGUCGAUGACUCCAUUGGCUUUCAGAACUGCAAGUUCACGAAGGCUGGUCCCAAAUUGGUGAAGGACAAGUCUAGCAAAAAGAAGAAAUCGAAGAAAGAUGACUCCGAUUUAGAAGAACAGGUAAAGAUUGAUCCACUGGAUUAUUCAAUGGAAAAAUGGGAUACUGCUAUGCGAAACAUGCUGCCUGAAGUACAAAUUCGCCAAGUCGCCCUUUACCUUUUAUGCUGGGGAGAAGCCAACAAUAUCCGUUUCUGUCCAGAAUGUCUGUGUUUUCUAUUUAAAAUGGCCCUGGAUUUCAUGCAAUCCGAUGAAUAUACUGCAGAAAAGCCUCCAGUCCAUGAAUACUACUACCUGGAAAACGUGGUGACACCUCUCUAUAACUUCAUCAGAAACCAACAAUUCGAAGAAUUUGAAGGAAAAUUAGUCCGUAGAGAACGUGAUCACGCAGAAACAAUCGGUUACGAUGACAUUAAUCAACUAUUUUGGUAUCCUCAGGGUAUUAAUAGAAUUGUGCUGAUGGAUGGUACUCCUCUCUUCUCACUACCAAAAUGGGAAAGGUUUCAUAAACUCAACGAGGUGAACUGGGACAAGGUAUUUCAAAAAACUUUUUACGAAAGCCGUUCUUGGUCUCAUUCCUUGACAAAUUUCAACAGGAUAUGGGUCAUUCAUUUUACUACUUAUUGGUACUAUACGGCAUUCAACUCUCCUACUCUCAUUGAGAAAAACUUCCGUCAGUCCGUUGGACCACGACCAAUUCAAUCAUGCCAAUGGUCUUCCGUAGCUCUUGGAGGAGCUGUUGCUACCCUUUUGAUGAUUUUUGCUACUAUUUUUGAAUGGGCUCAUGUUCCUCGAAGGUUUCCCGGAUCUAGGCCACUCUUACAACGUUUCUUUCUACUUUGUAUUAUUCUAGUGUUGAAUAUUGCUCCUGCUGUGUUUAUUUUCGGGUUUUCAAAUGAUGAACAGCAACGUUCCGUAGGUAGAUUGACAGUAGCAAUCGCCCAUUUUACUUUUUCCUUUCUUUGUUUUCUUUAUUUUACAGUUGUUCCUCUAAAUAGUUUAUUCAGAUUUAAAACAAACCAGUUUUCGAGGAAAUUUCUUGCAAAUCGAUACUUUACUUCGGAUUUUGCUCGUCUACAGAUUAACGACAUGUGUGUUUCAUGGGGUUUAUGGGCUCUUGUUUUUGCAGCCAAGUUUGCGGAAUCCUAUUUUUUCCUGACUUUGUCUUUCCGUGAUCCCAUUCUUGUUUUAAGCACCAUGAGACCAUACUUUUGCGAGAUUAAAUGGGCAGGAUCUUACUUAUGCGUGUUACAACCUAGAGUCAUUUUGGGUAUCAUGUAUGUAACGGAUUUGGUUCUUUUUUUCCUUGACACGUAUCUUUGGUAUAUUGUAGUAAAUACCAUAUUCUCCGUCACCCGCUCUUUUUUCCUGGGUAUUUCCAUUUGGACCCCAUGGAGAAAUAUUUUCGCACGUAUGCCAAAGAGAAUAUACAGCAAAAUUCUUUCUACCCCAGAGGGAGAUUCUGUUUACAAGCCGAAAGUACUAAUAUCCCAAAUAUGGAAUUCUGUGAUCAUCUCUUUGUAUCGUGAACACCUUCUGGCGGUUGAACAUGUGCAGAGGCUCAUAUAUCAUCAAGUCAACUCUCUUGAUGCUGAUGGAACCAAGACUUUAAAGACACCUACAUUCUUUGUCUCUCAGGAAGAUUCUUCUUUUAAGACGGAAUAUUUCCCGGCACACUCGGAAGCUGAGAGAAGACUUUCCUUUUUUGCUCAGUCACUUGCUACUCCGAUUCCAGAACCUAUACCUGUAGAUACUAUGCCCACUUUCACGGUUCUGGUUCCUCACUACGGAGAAAAGAUCCUUCUUUCACUUAAAGAAAUUAUAAGAGAACAGGACAAGCUUUCAAGGGUUACUUUACUUGAAUAUUUGAAACAGCUCCAUGCUCACGAAUGGAAGUGCUUUGUCCGUGAUACAAAAAUUCUUGCCGAGGAGGAUGCUUUAACUCAGCAAGAUUUUGAGGAAGAAGAUACGAACGGAAAGUCAAACAUCUUGAAAGGAAAGUUUGACGACUUACCUUUCUAUUGCAUUGGGUUUAAAAAUGCUACUCCCGAGUAUACUCUUCGAACUAGAAUUUGGGCUUCCUUGAGAAGUCAAACAUUAUACAGGACAGUCAGUGGAUUCAUGAAUUAUUCUCGCGCGAUAAAACUUCUAUACAGGGUUGAAAAUCCUGACGUAUCUGAACUUUUCGCUGGACAAAUGGAUGUUUUGGAAUAUGAAUUAGAUCGAAUGGCAUCACGCAAAUUUAAAAUGUGCGUUUCUAUGCAAAGGUAUGCAAAAUUUACAGCGGAAGAAGUAGAGAAUACAGAAUUUAUUCUCAGAGCUUAUCCUGAUUUACUUAUUGCGUAUCUGGAUGAGGAUCCUUUGGAAGAAGGUGAAACUACCCCUAAACUUUAUGCUGCACUUAUCGAUGGAUAUUCGGAUAUUAAUGAAAACGGGAAAAGAAUUCCAAAAUAUAGAAUUAGGAUGUCAGGAAACCCCAUUUUAGGUGAUGGUAAAUCUGACAACCAAAACAUGGCCUUACCUUUCUACCGUGGAGAAUACAUACAACUUAUUGAUGCAAACCAAGACAAUUAUUUAGAAGAAUGUUUAAAAAUUCGAAGCAUUUUAGCGGAGUUUGAAGCCUUUAAUUCACCCAGCAACGAUCCAUACGAAGAGACGCAAGAACCCUAUCAAAACAAUCCAGUUGCUAUCAUGGGUGCCAGAGAAUAUAUUUUUUCUGAAAAUAUUGGUAUAUUAGGUGACGUUGCAGCUGGUAAGGAACAAACAUUUGGUACUUUAUUUGCUCGUACAAUGGCUCAGAUCGGCGGUAAAUUACAUUAUGGUCAUCCAGAUUUCUUAAACGCAAUUUAUAUGACAACUCGUGGUGGUGUUUCAAAGGCACAGAAAAGUCUUCACGUUAACGAAGAUAUUUAUGCAGGAAUGACCGCUUUACAACGUGGUGGUCGCAUUAAACACUGUGAAUACUACCAGUGUGGUAAAGGUCGUGAUUUGGGAUUCGGAUCCAUUUUGAAUUUUACUACAAAGAUUGGAACAGGUAUGGGUGAACAAAUGAUUUCACGAGAGUAUUACUACUUGGGCACUCAGCUUCCUUUCGAUCGUUUCCUUUCAUUUUAUUAUGCUCAUGCGGGUUUCCAUAUCAACAAUAUUUUCAUUAUGCUUUCAGUGCAGUUAUUUAUGGUUGUUUUGGUGAACCUAGGCGGAAUGUAUCAUGUUGUCACUGUUUGCGAUUACGACCAUAACCAAAAAUUAACUGUGAAAAUGAGGCCAGAAGGAUGCUAUCAAUUGAAUCCCGUUAUGAAUUGGCUGAAGCGAUGUAUCAUCUCUAUUUUUAUCGUUUUCUUCAUUUCGUUUGUUCCGUUGACUGUCCAAGAGUUGACGGAAAGAGGUGCAUGGAGAGCAUUAACACGUUUAGGAAAGCACUUUGCUAGUUUCUCACCAUUAUUUGAAGUAUUUACUUGUCAGACAUAUGCCUAUUCUGUAAUAGCGAAUAUAUCUUUUGGAGGUGCUCGGUAUAUUGGUACAGGAAGAGGAUUUGCUACUGCAAGGCAGUCGUUCUCGUUAUUGUUUUCUAGGUUCGCAGCUCCUUCGAUAUAUUUGGGUUCACGUACGCUACUUAUGCUUUUAUUUGGAACUUUGAGCGCAUGGAUACCGCAUUUGGUAUACUUUUGGAUAUCGACUGUUGCCAUGUGCGUGAGUCCAUUCAUGUUUAACCCUCACCAAUUUGCAUGGAACGAUUUCUUUGUGGAUUAUCGCGAAUUUGUGAGAUGGAUGUCGCGAGGUAACUCUCGUUCUCACAUGAAUUCUUGGAUUGGUUAUUGCCGGUUGACGAGAACUCGUAUCACAGGUUAUAAGAGAAGGAUUAUGGGAGUACCCGUCAGUAAAGGGUUCUUGGACUCACCGAGAGCUCGUGUUGGUAAUUUAUUUUUUAGCGAACUCUUCAUUCCGUUUCUUCUUGUAAUAGGAACGACUAUACCUUAUUUGUUUAUCAAUUCCCAGCCGGGAAAUCCAGAUCCAGAAAAAGCGACGAAUCCGAUAUUACGGUUUGUUAUUUUAGCAUUUUUGCCGAUAGUAGUCGCUGCAGGCUUAUCACUUUGUUUUGCUGGAAUGGCAUGCUUGAUGGGACCUUUGCUAGGACUGUGCUGUAAGAAAUUCGGAGCAGUGUUAGCGGCAAUUGCGCAUGCUGUUACGAUUUUGAUGUUUAUACUUGUUUUUGAAGUAUCAUGGUAUUUAGAGGCAUGGAGCUUACCAAAGGCGGUACUUUGUAUGCUGUGUAUAGUGUCAUUACAAAGAUUCUUUUUUAAUUUUCUACAGAUUAUAUUCCUUACACGUGAGUUGAAACACGAUGGAGCAAAUUUGGCAUGGUGGACGGGCAAAUGGUAUUCAAGAGGAUUAGGCUUUCAUGCAUUGUCGCAGCCGUCUCGAGAAUUUGUGUGCAAGCUUGUUGAAUUGAACAUGUUUGCGGCAGAUUUCUUCUUGGGCCAUUUGAUAUUGUAUUUAAUGUUACCGAUUCUUUUAAUACCGUUUAUUGACAAAUGGCAUUCUAUGAUGUUGUUUUGGCUACGUCCUAGCAAGCAGAUCCGCCCACCGAUUUAUUCUAUGAGACAGAAGCGAUUACGAAAGCGAAUUGUUCGAAGAUAUGCAUUUUUAUUUUUUCUAAUGUUGAUUGUAUUUCUUGCUUUAAUUAUUGUUCCUUUGACGAUUGGAAAAGGGUUGUUGGAUGAUUUUGAUUUGGAUAUCCUGAAAGACUUUGGGCUAAUGCAACCAGCGGACCGGAACUGGACCGAAAAUGGUACAAAUCUUACGACUGUUAACGAGUAAAGAAAAGAAAAGAAAAGAAAGGAGAAAAAAAAAGAUGAAGGGGAAGAUAUGCUGGUUGAAUUGAGAAAUUCAGUAGCUUGUGAACGAAUAACCCAACCCGAGUCUUUGAGAGUAAAGAAGAUCUUAAUCCUAUGGAGUUGUUUUAUUUCAUGAGUCAGAUUAUAUAUACAUAUGAAAAAGGUUUCUAUUGUUGAGACGAAUCAUUGAUUUUAUUAGAAGAAUAAAUAAUUAAAAGAAUUAUUAAACAUGGAUAGAAAGUUGA